UUCAGUUCAUUCUUAGCUCAUCCCUCCCCACACAUAUAUCCCAUUGUCUUCUUCACAAUGUUGAAGUCUUCAAAACAAUUUUACAACUAUCUCAUCAUGACCCUGAUCUUGGCAUUCUUCAUGCAAACAUUCAACCAAUCCUUACAUCACCUUCUUAACCAUCUCACUUUAAUCCACACGCUCACUUUCACUUUGCUAAGCAUCUCCCUUCUCACAUUCUACAUUAUAAACAAACCACGAACCGUCUACCUCAUCGAUUUCGCUUGUUUCAAGCCACCUUCCACCUUCCGUGUAUCAUAUGCAACCGCGAUUGAACACGGUCAGAUUAUCUUAGCCUCACAGCCCAAAAGCAUUGCUUUUCUGGUCAAGAUCUUUGAGAGAUCUGGCUUGGGUGAAGAAACAGUUUUACCACAUACGUUACACUAUCUUCCACCAAACCCUAGCAUGAUGGAUGCUAGAGACGAGUCAGAAUCGGUCAUUUUCUCAGCCAUGGACUCUUUGUUACAACAAACUGGAAUCAACCCUAAAGAUAUAGAUAUCUUGAUCGUAAACUGUAGUCUUUUCGCACCAACUCCUUCUCUUUCAGCCAUGGUGGUUAACAAGUAUAAGAUGAGAAGCAAUGUAAAAAGUUAUAACUUGUCCGGAAUGGGGUGUAGUGCGGGGUUAAUAUCGAUAGAUCUUGCAAAACGUCUACUUCAAGUCCACCGCGAAUCCUAUGCAGUUGUAAUAAGUACUGAAAUUCUUACUCCUAAUUCUUAUAGGGGUAAAGAAAGAUCGAUGCUCCUCCCAAAUUGUCUUUUCAGAAUGGGAGGAGCAGCGAUUCUUUUGACCAAUAAAAGGUCACAAAGUACACAUGCAAAAUACAGUCUUUUGCAUGUGAUACGGACCCACAAAGGGUCAGAAGAUAAAUCUUACCAUUGUGUUACCCAAGAAGAAGACAGUGAAGGACAUGUUGGGAUAGCUUUAAACCUAGAUCUCAUGGCGAUCGCGGCCAACUCUUUGAAGUCGAACAUAAGCACCAUCGGACCAUUGGUUCUUCCGGUAACUGAGCAACUCUUGUUUCUUUUUAAUCUUUUGGGAAGAAAGAUGUUUAAACUUGACUUGAAACCCUAUAUUCCUGACUUCAAAAAGGCAUUUGAUCAUUUUUGUAUUCACGCGGGUGGACGUGCGGUUAUUGACGAGCUUCAAAAGCGUCUGAAGCUGUCGUCAGAACACGUUGAAGCGUCACGGAUGACGCUUCACCGGUUUGGAAACACGUCUUCCUCUUCAUUGUGGUAUGAGUUAGGAUAUAUGGAAGCAAAAGGGAGGAUGAAGAAAGGAGAUAGGGUUUGGCAAAUAGGGUUUGGGAGUGGGUUUAAGUGUAACAGUGCAGUGUGGGAAUGUAACCGGGAAAUUGAAGCUACCAAAAAUGGUGCAUGGGCUGAUUGCAUUCAUAGGUACCCUGUAAAUGAGCCAGAAAUUGUGAAGCUUUAAGAGAAGGAUGAUUAUAUGAUUUGGAGAAACUUUUAAUAAAAAAAGAUUACUGGUGUUUAACUGAUUAUAGUCUUAUUAUUGUUUAUAUAUAAAUAGCAAACUUAUAAUUCA